AUGCUUGGUGUUGUCGGAUACUUGGUCACCGCUGCCGGUAUCCGUCUUCCAGGAGAUAUUGACUACUCUGGAACCUCGUUCGCCAGCAUCGCUUCCGGAUGGGAGGGAACCACCCAGGUCCCUGUUGCCGGAGCCCUUCAAGUGUUCGCCUUCGUUGGCUUCCUUGAGUUGGCCGUCAUGAAGGACAUCACCGGAGGAGAAUUCCCAGGUGACUUCCGUAACGACGCCCUUGACUUCGGCUGGGACUCUUUCGAUGAAGAGACCAAGCUUCAAAAGCGUGCUGUUGAGCUGAACCAAGGCCGUGCCGCCAUGAUGGGUCUUUUGGCUCUUAUGGUCCAUGACAAGCUCGGAAACGUGAGCGACUUCUUCCCCAACUAA